AUGAUACCCGCCAUCAACCAGAUUGAGUAUCAUCCAUACCUAGAGCAUGGUGACACGGUGCUUUUCCAAGAAAAAAGGGGUAUCAGAAAUGUUGCGUAUGACCCACUCCCGCCGGCAACGACAGCUAAAGGUGGUCCAGUUGAUGGCAUCCUGGCUGGGUUAGCCAAGAAGUACGCUGUUACUGAGGUGGAGGUGUUGCUGCGGUGGUGUAUCGAUCACGGUGCCAUCGCCAUCACGACGAGCAGUAAAAGGUCUCGAUUGAUAGGCUAA